AUGUCUUGGUGCGAGCGCCGCCUCCAUGCCCACGUGGACUGCGUGAAGGGCUUCCUGCGUGAGGCUCGUGAGAACGAGACGCCAUAUGCACCGGGCUCUUACCACGAGUAUGACAAGUGCGCGGACACGCGCCAGGCGUAUGUGAACUGCACGCACGGCCCCAAGCAGAAGGUCGAACCUCAGCGCAUCAACCAG